CACACACAGACACUGUAUCACCACUGAACCCUGCAUCCAUCCAGUAGAUCCUGAACCGCAUACAUGUCCCUCUCUCUGCAUACAGGCCAACCCCUCACCAGCAGCUGCACCACCUUCUGCAGACUCCUCGAAGGAUACAGACAGGGCUGCAAUCUUCAAAUGGAAAAGACUGCAUGAUCAGUUGUAUUCCCAGAUCCCCUGCCUCCUUCAUCUGAUGCUUACAGAGCUGGAAUGCUUGUUUGUUCCUUCUCUAGACUGUAAGCGUGAAGACUCAGUAGAGUCGACUUGGACGAUGCCUUCUGAGAUAUGCCUCAGUGUUCAAGAAAUGCUAACUGGUCAAAGGCAUUGCCAAUCAAUAUCCCACAAAGAUGCUGUCUUAUCUGCUCUAAAUCAGCAGAGGAAUGAUGGGAUAUUAUGUGAUGUCACACUUGUUGCAGAAGAUCAGAAGUUCCACGCACACAAGGCCGUUCUGGCCGCAUGCAGUGAUUAUUUCCGUGCUAUGUUUAGCCUCUGUAUGGUUGAGAGUGGAGCAGAUGAGGUCAAUUUACAUGGUGUGACCAGCAUUGGUUUGAAACAAGCCCUGGAUUUUGCUUAUACAGGACAGAUUCUCUUGGAACCAGGGGCAAUCCAGGAUGUCUUGGCAGCUGGGAGCCAUCUUCAGUUGCUUGAGCUGCUGAACCUCUGCUCUCAGUAUCUCAUACAGGAACUAAAUAACUUUAAUUACUUGGACUUGUACAAACUUGCCGACCUGUUUAACCUAACGUUGUUGGAGGCUGCUGUGGUGGACUUUCUUGUAAAACACUUGUCGGAGCUUCUGAAAAGUCACCCUGAAGAAGUCCUUGCACUACCCUUCCGUCUUCUUAGAGAAGUCUUAAAAAGUGACCACUUAACUUCACUUAGCGAAGAACAGAUCUGGCAGCUGGCUGUCAGGUGGCUGGAGCACAAUUGUCGUUAUCAGUACAUGGACGAGCUUCUGCAAUAUGUCCGUUUUGGCCUGAUGGAUACAAACACUCUUCAUACGGUUGCCCUCUGUCAUCCUCUGAUACAAAGCAGUGAAAAAGCAACAGCACUUAUUAACGAAGCCUUGGAAUAUCAUCAAAGCCUCUAUGCACAGCCAGUGUGGCAGACGAUACGGACAAAGCCACGCUUUCAGUCUAACACACUUUACAUUGUUGGAGGAAAAAAGAGGGAGAUCUGCAAAGUUCGGGAGCUUAGAUACUUUAACCCAGUGGAUCAGGACAAUGUCCAUAUUGCAGGCAUAGCCAAUUGGAGCGAAUUGACCCCUAUGCCAGUAGGAAGAAGUCAUCACUGUGUAGCAAUCUUAGGAGACUUUCUAUUUGCAGCAGGUGGAGAAGUUGAACAUGCCACAGGUCGCACUUGUGCGGUGAAAACUGCAUGUCGGUAUGACCCCCGUAGUAAUACAUGGAUAGAAAUUGCACCCAUGAAAAACUGCAGAGAGCAUUUUGUGCUCGGAGCAGUGGACAACUGUCUUUACGCAGUUGGAGGAAGAAAUGAACUUCGACAAGUCCUACCAUCUGUAGAGAGGUACUGUCCCAAGAAAAAUAAGUGGACUUUCGUACAAUCCUUUGACAGGUCUCUUUCAUGUCAUGCAGGAUGUGUUGCUGAUGAUCUUCUUUGGAUAUCAGGUGGAGUGACUAACACAGCACAAUAUCAAAACAGAUUAAUGGUAUAUGAUCCAAGCCAGAAUAAGUGGAUCAGUCGAAGUCCCAUGCUACAGAGAAGAGUUUACCACGCGAUGGCAGCUGUUCAAAGGAAGCUGUAUGUCCUCGGUGGGAAUGAUUUAGAUUAUAACAAUGAUCGCAUAUCGGUGCGGCAUAUAGACUCCUACAGUAUUGACGCUGAUCAGUGGACACGGUGUAACUUCAAUUUACUCACAGGCCAAAAUGAAUCUGGCGUUGCAGUGCAUAAUGGACGGAUUUAUUUAGUGGGUGGCUAUUCUAUUUGGACAAAUGAACCAUUGUCAUGCAUACAGGUGCUUGAUGUUAGCAGAGAAGGCAAGGAGGAAGUAUUUUAUGGACCUACUUUGCCAUUUGCUUCCAAUGGGAUAGCAACAAGUUUUCUUCCGGCGCCAUAUUUCACUUGCCCUAACCUCCAGACUUUGCAGGUUCCUCAUCACAGGAUCGGCUCAGUAUGAAAGCAUAUAACACUGACAAAUAAAACAGAGGGGUUUUUUUUGCAAGAAGUCAGAACCCAACCCUUAAAUGGGUUAAAUUAUUCACAUUCUGUGCUGCUCUCCUUGUGAAAUUGGUGGUCACUUUAUAUAUUUUGGAGCCAUGAGCAUCAAAAAGAGAUUGUAAGUUCUUCAGGGCAGGGAAUAAUUGUGCCUCAUCUAUAUAUAUAUACAGUAUAUAUACACAUACAGUAAUGCAUACCUUGAAAAAUUAUUUCUAUGCCAAAAAGGCUCAUCAAUCAACAAAAAUAUGCAAAUUAAAGGAUUUUCACUAGCUCUGGUCUAAAUUAUUUACAAACCAUUGCUAAAGUAGAGUUUAUAUUAGAAACAAAUCUCAAAAGCAGUCACAUAGUUUCUCUAAAUCUGUUCUAGCACAGCUUCAUUUAUUUCAACUCUAGUACAAUCCUACAAAAUUUUGAGAACAAAAAAUAAGAAUUUUUAAGGGCAAUAUAAUACCAAUGUUUCCAAACAUAUGCAGUUGAAAUGAUGUGUGUGAUUACAAAGGGAAUGUGAAACUAAAAUACCUUUACUCCAUAAUAUAUGUAUAUUUUUUCACAUUAUUCUGUUCUGGGAUAACAAAUGGAAUUUUACAUUCAAAUACAUAUUGAAUAGGAGAACUGUGAUGAAUAAUUGUUAAAACUGUUGCAUUUCCAUCAUAUCAGUCUUUGCUGCUAAUAUGCUACCGAACAGCACGCCUGAGUGCGUAUCAAUGUAAUAAAUACAAUUGCAUACCUAAUGUUCCAUUUUGUUCCAUAAAACACCAAAGGUGUUGCAAAUAAAGGAGCCAUAAUGAAACAAGUUUUGUUUAAGACAUUGAGCACCUCCACUGCAUGUGGAAUAACAUUUUUGGUAUCUUGAUUUAAAGGGCAACCAUUACCGAUACACCUUUAAAAUAAUUGAGUAAUAAAAAAAACUUCAACAUCC